AUGAGUUUUUUGGUUAAGACGUUGCUCGGCGAUGAUAUCGUGCACCCUACAGAUACGUCAAAAGUGGCUGCCGCUGUCGAAGAGGGGAAUAAGGGCAGAGAAGAGCCGGAGGGGGAUUACGUUCAUACAAGAAAGUUAAUCACGCGUAUUCAAUCAUGCACAGUUGCUCAGGACAGGCGUGAGGCGCUCAGGGAGUUGCGGGAGUGUGUCGAUCUUCCAUAUGUAAUGGAACCGAAAGAGGUUGUACAUCUGUGCAAUUUGCUACAAAAUUAUUCGGAAGACGGGGAAGUUGUGGAGUCCUCCCUAGCGAUUCUUGCAAAUGUCACAGACCUUAGUGGUUUCCCAACUGGUCCUGCCUACGCUGUGUCCGAAAGGGGGAAACAAAGCAUUUGCGAUUCGUUUUUGCAGGAACUUGUGAGUGAAGUUCCACUUUUCUUGAGUCAUAUGAAAGAGGGCUCUUUUUGGUCACGCUUUCAUGCACUACAGUUGCUGCAGAGACUUGAAGAUUACGAUCCAUCUUCAAUGAAUAAACUUCUUCUCGCCUCACAAGGUGUGAGUGUGUUAGUGGAUAUUCUGAGCGAUAAUAGCCACGACGGUGCCCUUCGAAAUGAAGGUCUUGUACUCAUUACCGCUAUUACUGCCACGGACACUGAGCUGCAGACGGUACUGGCCUUCAACAACGCAUUCGAGAAACUUUUUGGUGUGAUGAGGGACGAGGGAGAUCUAGACGGUGGUGCUAUUGUAUCCGACUGCCUCACUAUAACACACAAUAUGCUCCGUGGAAACAAGGCUACCCAAAAGCUCUUCUGUGAGAUGGGUUGUGCCAAACUUAUUUGUCCCUUGUUGUUUGCUGUUGUUCAGCGUUUGCAAGACGCCGUGAAACAAGCGGAGGCUAGUCGGAUGAUGAAGAGGAAACAUGGAGAGGAGGUUCAGGUGGAUUACACACCGCUUACCAAUGCACAGAAUAUGGCAACGCUGAUGGCCGUUUCGUUGCUUAGUUGUGUGCUUCGUGACGCGAGGGCGCAACCGGAGGGGGGUACAGCUACUCAGGAAAGUUUCCUGCAGUGCGGUGUUUUAACCCCAUUAGCGUCACUUGCUCUUGUUGGCGACGCUGUGGAUGAUGCCGUGCGCGUCGAGGCCAUGCGAACACUUGCAAUUCUUCUCGAAGGCGGCAGCGCGGCCGUUGAGGAAUUUCUGCAACUUCACGUUCUGAUGCUGCUGCGGAAGGAUUCCUCAAUCUUUGUUGCGAAGGAAUUACCAGCUGCACGAGCUGCUUUGCAUCUGCUGCUUGGUGUUGGGGAUAGAGUGAUGCAACCCUGCGUUGCGCAGGUGUUUCUCACACUUCUGAGCACACCUUCGUGUGAAGAAAGUGCUGUGAAAGUUAUUCUCAAAGGAUUCGCCCUGCCUGUCCCCGGUCCGUCGGGUGUAGCACUACCGAAGGGAACGUUGGUGGGUGACUGUGGUGAGGCAAUUGCCGCUGCUCUAUUUAGCACUUAUGGAGGCAGCGAUUGUGUUGGGAAAUACUACGCUGCCUUACUUUUGGACCGCCUGUUGAUGAUACCAACCGCAGCGGUGCAACUGUUAGAACAUAAAGAGGAACUGGAAGCCUCUUCAGGCUCACCUGCCCUUAAAACCAAGGUAUUUGUAUCGAGGACACAUGUUGCUCCCGCGGCCACGGAGCCACCUGGUUCUGUAUUCGUAGGUUACGUCGAAUACGUGUUAAAAUGUUUUCGUGGCCACGGGGAGAUGGAUCUCAACACAUUGAGUGCAUGCUUUAGGGCGUUAUUGCAGUGGAUAGUGUGUGACGUAAGGGCGAUCCAGCACUUCCUAAAAGAUACGGCGCAUUACAGAGGAUUCUUGCAGCGUGCGUGUCGUGAUGAAGGACCUGUGCACGUCCGCUUCUGGUCCGCUAUACUGUGUGCUGCCAUUUGUGUUUAUGCUCCUGAGAAUGAUCAAAAUGGAGGUAUGGGCAAUUGCACAGCUAAUGAAAAGUCGAAAAAGGCGGAGGUUGAGUGUACCCCGUCGCCUCAGGAGGAGGUAAUAAACAAGGAACAACUGCUGGAACUUUUCUUUAGCCAUUUGGGCGGACCUCAGGUCUUCGAGGACUUACUUUUCGAUGUGAGGGCGUCUAGUCCCAUGUGGGGUGAGCCACCCAAAUGUGCUUUUCAACGCACUGCACCUGCAUUGUACGAUGAAGCAAUGAAGGGCUCUCUUUUGAAGGUUAUGAAGGAUUUCAGUGAUCUUUGCCGCACGCGUAUGGGUAUCAUUAAAGCAGCACCAGACCCUAAGGAAGGAGAUUACUUGGGGUCGCAACUAAAGCAAUCAAUAUCAGCUGUCACGGACUAUAAUAGUGUGGAGGUGAGAAGUUCUCCGCCCCUCCCCUUUCCACAAGCAGUUCCUGAGACACCCACACAGCCUGGUGCUGUGGGGUUUGUGACCUCGCAACCUUCUACACCCGUAGAAACAACAAAGUUAUUAGACGAAACGGUUAACGCUCUGCGUGAGCAGUAUGAGAGUAAAAUCCGCGAAUUAACUGAAAAGAACGCCAAGUUGGAGUCAGAUCUUCACAGUCUCGAAGAGCAAAUCCGAGCGGACGCCAGACAACGAGAGGAGGAAGAGGCUCUGCGGGAAGAACGACAUCGCUCCGAGGUGGGUAACCUCAAUGAGAAUAUUGCUUUUUUAGAAGGAGCUGUCAGUGUCAAGGAAGAGGAACAUCAGGCUUUGGCUCAGUCACUGAAUAUGCUGGAAGAACAGCUACGCGCAGCCGUGUCACGAAGCAGGGGUGACACUACGGAAACUCUGACUCUACGUCAGGACCUUCAGAAAAUAACUGAGGAACGAGACCAAUUACUUGUCAUGGUCGUUCACAUGUGUGAAGAGAGAGGGUUUGGAAGUCAGAAGGACGUCCAGUUGACUCUCGGUAUAACUGAAAAUUUUGGUAGGCCAGAUGGUGAACCUACACACGUGUCACGUGAGCCUGAUGUUGUCCCAUUCAACCACGAGAUGAAUAAUGGGCCGUCUAGCGAUGAUGCCCAAAAUCGCCUUCAAAUUUCCCAUGAAAACACGUAUAAUCCUCCAAAUGGCAUGCCUGCUGCUGCCGCGGAGGAUGUGCCGUUAAAUCGUGUACCAUAUAAUCACAGCGUCACCUUGUCGGAUGUGUCCCGAGCACUUUUACGGGAAGCCGGCGCCGACUGUGUUCACAGUCAAAUCAGUGGUGGGAUGUGGCCGGUUGAGAACUUUAACCCAUCUCCUGUAGCUGGGGGAGUGUCAGUGAGUGAUUCUUCACAGUGUCCUCCAUUUGGGGUUGGUAGUGGGGUUCACGGGCUCCUGCAAGCACCAGAAACUGCACCAACGAAUAGCGCAUCUCAACGGUUGGGCGGCAAUCCUUUGCCACUAGCCUUUAAUCCCUUUGCAAACAUGGGUGGUGACGACCCCAGUACAGAUUUGCGUUAA